AUGUCAGAAAUUCCCAACCGAAACGGUGCAAAGCUGGGCUACAAGCUCAGCGACUUUGAGCUGCUGAAAACCCUCGGCACUGGCACCUUCGGCCGAGUGUACCUAACAAGAUUCAAGGGCACCGAGCAGUAUUAUGCCAUGAAGGUCUUGAAGAAGGCCGAGGUCGUGCGACUAAAGCAGGUCGAGCAUAUCAACUCCGAAAAGACCAUUCUCUCCGAAAUCAACUUCCCGUUCAUCGUCAACCUGCUCUGCACGUUCCAAGACGAAACCAACCUGUAUAUGCUUCUCGAAUAUGUUGUCGGCGGCGAGCUGUUCUCACAUCUGCGAAAGGCGGGACGUUUCAGCAACGAUAUGACCCGAUUCUACACGGCCGAAAUCAUCCUUGCCAUAGAGUACAUGCACUCGCUAGACAUCAUUUAUAGAGAUCUCAAGCCCGAAAACCUGCUGUUGGAUGACAAGGGACACAUCAAGAUCACGGAUUUUGGAUUUGCAAAGAAGGUUGAAGACAGAACCUGGACCUUGUGUGGCACACCCGAGUAUCUUGCCCCUGAAAUCAUCCAGAGCAAAGGACACGGAAAGGCUGUCGACUGGUGGGCCCUGGGCAUCUUGAUCUUUGAGAUGCUGGCUGGCUACCCGCCUUUCUUCGACGACAACCCGUUUGGCAUUUACGAGAAGAUUCUUGCCGGAAAGAUAGUGUUCCCAUCCCAUUUCGAUCCAUCCGCCAAGGAUCUGAUCAAGAAGCUCCUGACUGCAGACAGGACAAAGCGGCUGGGCAAUCUGAAGGCUGGCUCUGAUGAUAUCAAGAAGCACAAGUGGUUCCGGGGCGUUGAGUGGCAGGUGUUGCUGAACCGGGCCAUCCGAGCACCCAUCGUUCCCGUUUGCUCUCACCCCGGCGACACUCGAAACUUUGACAACUAUCCCGAAGUAUCCGAGGAAGAGCAGCGAAUCGUGGGUGUGGAUCCGUACAAGCAUCUAUUCAAAGACUUUUAA